AUCACUGCUCAGAACCAGACGGAAUGCGGAAGUGUCGCUCGUCUGGUGAAGGUUACACACAAUUGCAGCACAUUUUUGGCCUGUUUGCUCCAUAAAAAGACAUUUCUAGGUUUCUUAUGAUGCUUUAUUUGCGGCUACAAGCCUAAAUGUUGUUGAUCUUUUCAACACUCCCUUGAGAUUAAGCAGCUAUGGCCACCAUGUCCAACUAUGCACUGCGCAUGGCCAGACUGAGCGCUCAAAUCUUCGGGAAUGUCGUACGUACGACGGACUCCAAGUCGAUGAAGGUGGUGCGCCUUUUCCAGGAACCUCCCAUGGCCAAGCAGAAGGAGGUGUACGACUGGUACCCACAGCACAAGAUCUACUAUUCCAUGACCCAGAAGCUCAGGUUCAUGGGACUUUUCAGGGAUGAGCACGAGGAUUUCAAGGAGGAGAUGCGUCGCUUGAGGAAGCUGAGAGGAAAAGGCCCGCCGAAGAAAGGAGAAGGGAAGAGAGCAACCAAGAAGAAGUGAGCUGUAUCACUUCAAAACUGGGACAAUUGAGAGACUUUAACGAUCGAUCGGCCAAAACAUUCUUUGCAAUGAACGAUGCUUACGGGAUGUGUUAAAAAUUCAGGAUUAUGUUUGUGUCAUUUAAAUUUGAUGUGUGAAAAGAUUUUUGUUGACUGCAGAUGCAAUGUUGCUCACUGUUGAAAGUAUUAAAGAGAGACAAAAAAAUAA